UAUUGCCAAAGCAAUGGCGAACUCCAAUCCCUCCACUGCUCGAACUCCACUAUUGGAUGACAGCGUUGACACCUGCCUUGAUUAUAAAGGCCGCCCAGUCCGCCGCUCAAACUCCGGCGGUUGGCGGUCCUCUUCUUUCAUCAUCGCCGUGGAAAUCGCCGAGAGGUUUGCUUAUUAUGGAAUCUCCUCAAACCUCAUAAUUUACUUGACAGGGCCUGUGGGCGAGUCCACUGCCAGCGCCGCUGCACAACUCAACGCCUGGUCUGGGGCGGUAUCGCUUCUGCCACUCUUGGGUGCAUUCAUCGCUGAUUCAUUUCUUGGCCGAUACCACACCAUCAUUCAUUCUUCCUUAAUUUACAUUUUGGGUCUAGGCUUGUUGACUCUGUCGGCCAUUCUUACAUCUGUCGGCAAUUCUUGUGACCAAAACUCAGACAACGUUACAUUAAAUUCUUCUCUUCGGUUUCACGUGGUACUGCUCUUCUUCUCACUGUAUGUAGUAGCAUUAGGACAAGGUGGGUUCAAGCCGUGUGUUCAAGCUUUUGGUGCAGACCAGUUUGAUAGACAAGAUCCACAGGAAUGCAAAGCCCAGCGUUCAUUCUUUAAUUGGUGGUACUUUGGUCUAUGUGCCGGUGCAUCAGUAACCUUUUGGAUUUUACCCUACAUCCAAGACAACCUUAGCUGGGUUCUCGGAUUUGGGAUACCCGCUAUUUUAAUGGUUGUUGUACUGGUAGUUUUUGUGCUUGGAACGACAACUUACAGGUUUUGUAUUAAAGGGAAUGAAGAAAACCCAUUUGCGAGAAUUGGUCGAGUGUUCAUUUUAGCUGUCAGGAAUUGGGAAAUGGAAUCUUCAGAAAUUGCUGCAGACGAAGAGGCCCAAGGAACUAUUCCAACCGAAAGUUUCAAUCAAUUCAAGUUCCUCAAUAAAGCCUUGGUUCCACCAGAUGGUUCAAAGGAACAAGGAAAAGUGUGUAGCAUCAGUGAGGUUGAAGAAGCAAAGACAGUUAUAAGGCUUGUGCCAAUAUGGGCUACAAGCUUAUUUUAUGCAGUCGCUUAUGCACAAACAUCGACUUUCUUUACCAAGCAAGGGGCUAGCAUGGACAGAUCAAUUACAACAGGGUUUCAAAUACCUGCUGCUUCGCUUCAGUCAUUUAUUAGCCUUGUGAUCUUUCUCUUCAUUCCAGUAUAUGACCGCAUUUUUGUUCCUUUGGCAAGGUCCUUGACUGGGAAACCGGGAGGAAUUACAAUGCUUCAAAGAAUUGGACCCGGAAUGCUUCUCUCUGUCAUAUCAAUGUCAACUGCUGCUUUAGUAGAGAUGAGGAGGCUUAAAACUGCUCAAGAAUACGGGUUGCUAGACAAGCCAAAUGUCAUUGUUCCAAUGAGUGUGUGGUGGCUGGUCCCUCAAUACGCACUUUUUGGAUUGUCCGAAGUGUUCACGGUUGUUGGUCUUCAAGAACUGUUUUACGAUCAGGUGCCAAAUGAAUUAAGAAGUGUCGGCCUUGCACUCUACCUUAGCAUCUUAGGUGUUGGAAGCUUUUUGAGUAGCUUUCUCAUCUCAGCCAUCGAGAAAAUGACAGGUGGGGAUAGCCGAGAUAGCUGGUUUGCGAAUAAUCUGAAUAGGGCACAUCUUGAUUACUUUUAUUGGCUGCUUGCUGCACUUAGUGCCAUUGGAUUGGCUCUCUUUUUAUGUUCUGCAAAAUCUUACAUUUAUGCCCGGGGUGGUGCCAUAUAGAUCGCAGAAUUCAGAGGUUAGCUCAGUUGUCUCGUGCAGUCGUCUUUAAAAGGUCGCAUUCAACUAUUGUACGGUGUUAUCGUACGUAUCACAACGAUAUCGAUCGUUGUAAAUGUAAUACAGUACAUUGUAAAGUGAGUUACUACUUGAA